ACAGCAGCUCGAUAGAGGACUGCUGGACGGCUUUGUGAGCAAACGAGGCUCUAGGAAAUCAAGUACUCCCUGUUGCGGAGGACCUGCGAAUCACGGAGGGAGUCUAGUCCGGACUGCUGUUAACUCGCGAUGGGUCAAGGGGCAAGCGGGCUACCGGGAGCACCCGGAGGGCCGCCUGGAGGGCCGGGGGGCGACAAGAAGGAUGAGAAGAAGAAGAAGAAGUUCGAGCCCCGGCCUCCGAUGAGGACUGGCAAGAAGAAGAGGAAGAAAGGGCCGUCGGUCGCGGUUCGGACUCCCCAAGUCUUCCCGACGGCCAAGUGUCGACUACGCCUCCUCAAGCUGGAGCGGAUCAAGGACUUUUUGAUGCUGGAGAAGGAGUACAUUCGAAACCAGGAGGUUUUCAAGCCACGUGAAGAGAAAGAUCAGGAGGAGCGGCAAAAGGUGGACGACCUUCGCGGAUCCCCCCUGUCCGUAGGGACCCUGGAGGAGAUGAUCGAUGACAACCACGCCAUCGUGUCGUCAUCCGUGGGGCCGGAGUACUACGUGAACGUGAUGAGCUUCGUCAAUCAGGACCUGCUUGAGCCUGGGAGCUCGGUGCUCCUCCACAACAAGGUGAUGUCAGUGGUGGGAAUUCUCGGAGACGACGCGGACCCCAUGGUUUCGGUGAUGAAGGUCGACAAGGCACCGCUAGAGACGUACGCCGACAUCGGGGGGUUGGAGUCUCAGAUCCAGGAGAUCAAGGAGGCUGUGGAGCUGCCUCUGACGCACCCGGAGCUGUACGAGGAUAUCGGCAUCAAGCCGCCCAAGGGCGUUAUCCUGUACGGGGAGCCGGGGACAGGGAAGACGCUUCUCGCGAAGGCUGUGGCCAAUCAGACGAGCGCGACUUUCCUUCGCGUCGUGGGCUCCGAGCUCAUCCAAAAGUACCUCGGAGACGGUCCGAAGCUAGUCCGUGAGCUGUUCCGUGUGGCGGAUGAAAUGUCACCGACGUUGGUGUUCAUCGACGAGAUCGAUGCGGUAGGAUCGAAGCGGUACGACUCCAACUCCGGCGGGACCCGCGAAAUCCAGCGCACAAUGCUCGAGCUCCUCAACCAGCUGGAUGGUUUCGAUGAAAGGGGAGACGUGAAGGUGAUCAUGGCAACAAACAAGAUCGAGUCUCUCGACCCAGCCCUCAUCCGACCCGGGCGAAUCGACCGCAAGAUCGAGUUCCCGCUGCCCGAUAUCAAAACCAAGCGGCGCAUCUUCGGCAUUCACACGGGGCGCAUGACUCUGGCGGACGAUGUAGACCUGGAGAUUUUCAUCAUGGCCAAGGACGAGCUCUCGGGGGCGGACAUCAAGGCUAUCUGCACCGAGUCGGGGCUGCUGGCACUCAGAGAACGGCGAAUGAAGGUGACCAUGGACGACUUCACGAAGGCCAAGGAGAAGGCGUUAUACCGCAAGAAGGGGAAUGUUCCCGAGGGUCUGUACCUUUAAAUGGCGGAGGAGCCAGAACUGGUGUACCCUAAACGGGGAUACAACGCGACGUUCUGUGCCUGUACACGACGAGGAGCAGAUAGAACUGUACUCUCAAAUCUCAAACGGAACACAGCGUUGUACCUUCGAAGAGGGCGGAGGAGAGAGAACAGUAUCCUCACGAGGAACAUAGCGUUGAAGUACCUUUGAAGGGUACGGAGGAGAGAGAACAGUACCCUCAAGUGAAACACGACGUUGUACCUUAACAGUGCAGGAAGAGGAGAGAGAAGGGUGAAUGUAUACCCUAAAGUGAAGAACGAGGAAGCCUAUUUACACCUUGGAGAUAAAAUAAGCUUAUAUCGUUCUAACGCCGCCUUGUCGCGUGCACCCACGGUAGAAGGCCUUGUGCAGUGAGGGCGGAGAGGCCGGCAAUCUGCAUCUACCUACAGACGACCCGGGAGCAGCUUGACCCUGUGGACGGGGUUGUUUAGAUUCAUGUCUGGCACAUACUAGUCGGACCCAUGUAUCGACGAGGGCGAAAAUGACCUGUGCUUCUCUUUGCGGGGGGGGCUGAACGGACCGUGGUUCUUGGAGUUUUGAAGAGCAUUGUUUCCGCGGACAACUGCAAAAAAACACGCACACACAUUCAGGCAUGUCUUACCGAGGUGCGAAAGGCAAGGCUCUUGCUCUUGAUGUUUGAACAGACAGCUAACCGAAAUCGGGGGGAACUGUUGUAUCAUCCCGUACCAGAAGGGAGUGCUUCGUGUUGCAUUUUCUGACAUUUUUCUUUGCUGGGAUGACAGCAUGGUUUGCAUCCUAUCGCUCUGACACAGGCGGUUCAGCCCCAACUUCUAAAGCGUUCAAGCCUUGAGCACAAGCUGCGAAGCCUGGUGAAGGCUACUACACUACCAAACUUAACCAGUAGUGGCUGCUGGAACAGGUUACGAGCGAGCCUCGAGCGUUUUCUGCGUAGUGAAGCGACCCGCGGAUCAUCUUUUGUCGGAGGUGUCGGAGAUCAUACUCCGUCUCUGCCGCAAGAACACUAUAGAAAACCCCAUCUCUGAAAGGCAGCCAUUUCCCCCUGUGUCCAUGUGUCCAUGCAAGAGGGGGUUCGAAAUCCAUUAGACGAGGUCCACCCUCCGAACCAUCCUGUUGAUAGCGGUGGUGGUGACGGUGGUGUUGUUGUCUUUACCUUCCCAAAAGCCGUUCGAGCCCCCGCUCAUAAAUCCGCAUGUCCAACCAACCCGUAGGCGUGAACUAAGCCCUACUCCCUCUCCGCAGUCAUGACCACAACCAAUAGGGGAUACGAUAACGAGAGGGGCGGUACUGAUGCGAUAUGCAACAACCCUUGCGACCACUCACGCGCCGAAGUCAUAAGUGGUGGGACUUCCCUUCCAAACGUUUGAAACAGCGAUUUGUAUACCCUGAAUUCACAAGGAUAAACCAUUGGACGGCUUUUUUCCGGCAACACCCACCGUAACAACUCUUGACAACACCGGAAACAAUGCCACACUAUAGGGGCGGACUCACUUAACAGAGCACCUAUAAAUAUUGCCAAACUUGAAAACACAAGGCAUGCAUGAUAAGGAAGGAGAUUAGCCCUAACCGCCCUUUCGAUCGAUCGAGAGAGAGAGAGAGAAAGAGAG